CUCGAGACUUUGUCUGCUUCCCUGAACUUGGACGGCUUCGCCGAAGGCUUGUGCGUUGGUGGUUAGAGCCUCGUGGACAUGCCUGACUCAAAUCGGUCCAAGUACAAUGUGUGAAUGCGUCCAAAGGGAAAUCAGAGAGAAACUGGACUGACUCGCAGUUUGGAGGAGCUCAUCUACACCCUUCUCCUCCAACCGGUCUCGUUUGACCGAUACAGAUGCAGAGUCUAUGGCCAGGGGAGAGGGGAGGCUCCCGUCUUUCAAACUUCCUGUGCUUCAUGACCAGGAAUGUUGAGAGGGAGCUUAUGGAGGAAGUCGAACGGAAGGCGACUGCGCUGAAAAUAAAGGAGGUGGAGAAUAACUCUCUGAAAGUGAGGCUAGUCAAGGAGGUGACCACGAGGAUGGAGUUGGAGAAAACUGCGAAAGAUCUCGCAAGCUCGCUUGAAGGGUUGAUGACAGCGCUGGGCGAAAAGGAAGGGUUCAAUGGUGGUGGGGAGGGCAUCAGAAAGCCAAAGCUAGAGAAGUUGGGAAUCAAGAAGGGCCGCAACGUGCCGCAGGUUAAAGAUCGUUCUGGAGGCCGCACAAUUAUAACGGCGGAGAAAUCCCUCGGACCAGAGGUACAACGCAGCAUGGAGAUUAAGCACUUGAGAGACAAGUUGGACAAGGAGAUGGAGGAGAAGAACAGACUGAUGAAAAGGGUGGAUGAAUUGGGAGAAUUCCUGAGAACCUGCCAUGCAGACUUUAUGAGCACGAGGUCCGCUUACAAAACGGAGAGAAAGCUCCGGAUUGCAUUACAGGUGGAGAUCGAGGGUCUCCGCGAGCAACUGCAGCAACUCCAGCUGGAGCGACAGGAGCUGGCUACACAUGAAGGAGGAGUAUGUUUUGGGGAUGCUGGCCACGAAUCCGAGGAGCAAGGCGGAGACAUAGAGGCAGGCCUAUCACACGAAACCCCUGAGCCAUCCCAGGCCCCCCUUCGAGAUUCUCACCAAGGGGGGGAGCAGCGACACAGUAUUGAUCAUGCCAUUCCUGGUACUUGGCAGGGAUGUGUGGAAGAGCUCACAGAAUCUGGAGCACCACGUUGUAUGACCCGAGAUGAGUCCUCUGCGAGGACAGCCGAGAUGGGCGGAACUUGUGGUGCAUCUGUGCUUCUGCAGUCGGUCAGCGAUGAGGAGGGAAGUACCCUAGGAAGCUGGAACCCAGGAGAGCCGAUGGGGAUGGUGGAGCAACCGGGAGCAGAACGUGCCGGGAACGGCGAUAGGAAUGGGUCUGAAAAGGCUAUGGGUUCUGAGGGGCCGUCUGUGUCUCUGGUAGAGGAAGCAGUUCUUCUGAAGAGGCUACUUACCACUGAUGGCAAUUGUGAUCUGGGCUCGGAAUGCGAUCAAUCAGGAGGACCAAGGACUGGCGAGGCUGGGGAGGAGGCUAGAUUGGGAGUGGUAGGGGAUGAUACCAGGAGGGAUGGGAAGCGAGGAGGAGGAUCUACUAUUGCCGAGGCCGGGGAGGAGGCAGAAAUGCAAAUGACCGUGCCAGAGGCAACUAUGGGCCUGCUGGAGAAGGAGGUGGCCUCUAAGGAAGGGAGGGAGCUUUGCUACUGCGACUGUCGCAUGAUCGAUAUGAUGGAGGCAGAAGGAGAAAGUCUUGGCACUCCUGAUGAGGAGUCAGAGGGGAAAGGGACCAGGUUUGUCAAAAACCGGGAACUGCCUCAGGCUGUUUUGAAGCAAAUGACAGCCACUAUUGAAGGCGAGAGGGAGUCUGUCGUUGCUACGAUGAAGCGUUUGGAGCCAGAAGUAGAAAGUUUUGUCGCAACUGACGAGGAGUCGGAAGAGAGAGGGACUGGGCUUGUGAGAACCCGUGGACUGCCUCAGGCUGUUUUGCAUGGAAUGACAGUCACUCUUCGCGGAGAGAGGGAGGCCGUCGAACGAUUAGAAAGUGGGAACUCGGACCAGGUAACAAUUGUGUCGAGGGAAGCCCCUGAGUUCUUGCCGCCUGUGCCACAGAGAGAGAUGGAGCCUGUACAAAUAGGGAAAGAAGAACCUGGCCACCCAGAGAGCAAACACUCAGCUACAGACAAUGCAAGGUCCAAUACUCCACGGGAGGAGGUGACGGCCCCUGUGGGAGAUGGGAAGGAGAGGCAUGGACGCUCUUCUGCAGCGGCAUGUGGAGAUCCGGUGGAGAAGAUGCAGAUAAGCUCAUUCCGAACUCGCGGGCCGUUCGUGCCCCUUCGUUCCAGUGCGAAAGCAGUGUUAGAUGUCCUUCAAUCCACUGCCCGGAGGUUGCAGCGGAGACAACCUGGGCUUCCACCGUUGCCGGGGCAGUGUCAGCARGCUCUUCAAGGUGUGCAAUGCAUCCCCGAGGAUCUUUCUGAUAAAGUGUCUGGUGAUCUCCUAUAUCGACCAGACGUCAGCUCUUCAGAUCAGGUCAGACCAGGCCUGAUGAACAAACUGCAAGGGGUGUCAAUGCUGCCGCCAAUAGGCGACAUUGUGGCACAACGGGACGUAGUCGAAGACACGGAUAUAGCCGAAGAAAAGGAUGGAGUCGAAGAAAAGGACGCAGUGGCAAAGGACAGUUCGGAAGGCAUCAGUACUGCUCCUAGGUGGCAGACGAGCACUAGAGGAAUGAACAACUCAUUCCUCUCGAGAGGGGUGUUUAAGGCUGUGACGAGGGAAUUGGCAACCGCUGGAGGAGUCUCCAACACCACCAAUGUGGGGGACGAAGGAGUGUCGGCGCUCCAUCAGGUGAACGCUUCAAUGUCCGAGGAGGGGAAGGUCAAGGGUUCCCAUUUCACAGUGCACCAGGUGUUUUUAUCGCCCUCAGAGAAACCUGUCUCCUCCUCCGAAGCAGGAGAGGAUGGUGGUGAUUGUGAGGUGUCAGGGUCAGUUUCCGCGGUCCUUCCUCGAUUGGAAGGGGACAGUGUUGCCAGCGCAGCUGGCGGGAAUGAAGAGGGCAAAGAGAUCGAUGAACAGAAGGCGAGCAGGCAAUCUGCUGAAUUGGGAGAGCCGGAUGGUUGUGAUGCUGGAGGAAAAGUGUGGUGCAGAUCUGACACCCCUGAUUCCUAUUCUCCUGAACUGGAAACUGCCUCAGGAGGGUCUCUGCCGCCAGCGCGAUCAGCAGCCAUCGGUGCGGUUCGGCUUGAAAGGGUGGACUCUAUGGUGGUUGGUCUCAGAAGCAAGCUUGGUAUGGAGAUUGGUACUAGAAUAAAGCUGGAGAGGCAAGUGAAUGAGCUCAAGAGCAAGGUCUUGGAGUUGCAGAUCUCUAAUUCUCAAGUGCCUGAUAGCCCAACAUUGUUGGCUGAGAACACUCCUACCCCUUCAGGAAUCUCAGACUGGGCAGACUCCUACCCCAUUCGCCAUGCGGAAGCGGAUCUUCUCACUUCCAGCCGGGACGAAAAUGACAUCAGGGAUCAACAAAUUAGGGAGCUGAAGGCGAUGAUUUCUCAACUGACUGACAAGGUCUCCAAUCUGACAGAAGAACUCGACUCGGCGAGAGCGACGAUCGAUGACAUCACGCUGAGUCGUGACCUUAGCCUCAUGAAGGUCGCCAGCCUCCGGGGCAAGCUGGGAGCAGCGGUGCGCACGCAGGUCAAGUUGGGAACAAUGUUUGAAUCAGAGGCGUGGUGAGUUGCAAGCAAACAAUUUUUGAAUCGGAUUGGACUGGGAUUGAGAUUCUACAAAGAAUUCAAGUCAGCGAUCGACAUUCUGCAGCAAAGAACUAGAAAAAAGUCAGCAAACAACCUACAUAUGAAUGGGUUAAGGCCCUUGAGGGCUUUCUGCAAGAACACAAAUAUGUGCGAGAAUGUCCAGGAUUUUUCGUUUCGUUUUUUUCUGUUUUCCUGUUCAAAAUCCUGAUGGGAUAAAUUUGAAGUGUUCCCGACCUGCAGGUGGGCGAUACCGGCCAGGGGUCAGCUGGUAGCAUCAGGACUGCGCUUCUUCGACGGGCCAGUUGCUGUGCCUCCCCUCCAGUCUCCUCCCCUACAAACAUCAGCAGUCUCUGAUUCACUGCUUCUCGUUGGAGGCGAACUCGGUCUGGCUGCUAUGGGGUUCCCCGCGAUACUAUAAUGAAUAUUAAUGAUAAUAAGAAAGGCCUCAAAGGCCUCCCUGUCAGAUUCGACAGGUGAUUGACUUGGUAGCGUUUAAACGAAUUAGCCUUUUUUUUUCAAAAAAGAAGAAGAAGUGUUGCCUCCGUGUUGGACGGUGUCGUUCCCUGCGAACACCACACGAUAGAUAGAUGGCAAGGAGGUUCCACAUUUGUACAUAGAAGCAUUGACUAGCUGCUCGCCCACCAUCUUCUAAACGGGAAUUAAGCUAGAGAGAGAGAGAGAGAGAGAGAGAGAGAGAGAGAGAGAGAGAGAGAGAGAGAGAGAGAGAGAGAGAGUAAAUAACCUAGGGAGAGUUUAAAGCAUGAGCAGCACACCCGCCGACACUUGAUCUUUGAAAUUGACAUCUUGUCAUGUUCUGGAUUGAUUUUUUUUGUGUAAACUUGUAAAGAGUAUCAUAAUCACUUGGUAGCAGUUGAAACCGGAUAGAACUUCCAUUUUUAAGGAAGCCGAUUGCUCUGAGCAGUGUGGAUCUUAAUCUUAGUUGAUAGAACUGGAUGUGGAGAGCAGCAGUUGAUGGAACUUCAUCACAGCCACACAGCUUUAAGCUGUGGAGAGAAGUGCAUGGAGAGUAGUUGAUGCACAACUUCAUCAUCACAGCCAUAUAUACUUUUGACUGUUCGAGAAGAGUAAAUUGCAGUUGAUGGA